AUGUCAUUCAACCAGCAGUUUGCAUAUAACAUUGGAAAUAUCAGUUUUGGAAUUGCUCUCAAUGAUUUUAAUGGCGACAAUCGGAUGGAUAUUAUUGUUCCCAAUUUCUACGAAAACAAUAUCUAUGUUUUACUAGGGGAUGGCAAUGGAAAUUUCUUUUUAGGAUCAAUUCUCAUAACUCGCACAAAUCCAUAUGCAGUCGCUGCCAAUGACUUUAAUGGAGAUAACUGCACCGAUAUAGCUGUCACUGCCUUGGGUAAUAAUAGUGUAGGCAUUUCACUCGGUUUUGGCGAUAGUACUUUCUUUUCACAAAACUCAUUUGCAGUUGGCAGUUACCCAGCGACAGUUUCUGUUGAAGAUUUUAAUGGUGAUCGACUCCUUGACUUGUUGGUCGUUAACAAUGACGCCAAUACUGUCAGUAUUCUUCUCGGUUACGGUAAUGGCAGUUUCGCACCACAAAAAACUUUUAAUACAUUCUUCUAUCCAACCACAGCUGUCGUAGCUGAUUUCAAUCAUGAUAAUCGCUUAGACUUCGCUGUCACCAACUAUGGCAGUGGUAGUGUGAGUGUUCAUCUGGGCUACGGCAAUGGUACUUUCCGCACGCGAACAUCCUAUGCCACCAUGACUAAUCCGUGGGGACUGGCUGUGGGUGAUCUGAAUGGUGAUCAUCACAUGGAUCUGAUCGCAUCAAACUGUGAAAAUGGUACGAUCAGUGUGCUACUCGGUAAUGGCAACGGCACCUUCCGAGCAGCUGUCAACUACAUAAUUGGAAGUUGUGCAUAUGCAGUCGCGAUUGGUGACUUAAAUGGCGAUACUUACUUGGAUGUCGUUGCUGUCGGAAGCUUUUUUAAUUAUUUUAUCAUAUUUCUUGGUGAUGGAAGAGGCUCUUUCUUCGAAUGGUGGUCUAUUGUUACAGAUUACAAUCCGACAUCAUUGGCUCUCUAUGAUUUCAAUAAUGAUGGUCGGCUUGAUGUCGUGACCGUUCAUUAUACGGGCACUGUAUCAGUAUUUCUGAACGCAUGUUAA